ACCUCUCCUCCCCCGUGCGCCCAGACGACCCGGACCCCGACGACGGCUUCAACUACAAGCAGAUGAUGGUGCGGGACGAGCGGCGCUUCAAGAUGGCCGACAAGGACGGCGACCUGACGGCCACCAAGGAGGAGUUCACCGCCUUCCUGCACCCCGAGGAGUACGACUACAUGAAGGACAUCGUGGUGCAGGAGACCAUGGAGGACAUCGACAAGAACGGGGACGGCUUCAUCGACCUGGAGGAGUACAUCGGUGACAUGUACAGCCACGACGGCGACACCGACGAGCCCGAGUGGGUGAAGACGGAGCGGGAGCAGUUCGUGGAGUUCCGCGACAAGAACCGCGACGGCAAAAUGGACAAGGAGGAGACCAAGGACUGGAUCCUGCCCUCGGACUACGACCACGCCGAGGCCGAAGCGCGGCACCUCGUCUACGAGUCCGACCAGAACAAGGACGGGAAGCUCACCAAGGAGGAGAUCGUGGACAAAUACGACCUGUUCGUGGGCAGCCAGGCCACGGACUUCGGGGAGGCCUUGGUGCGGCACGACGAGUUUUAAGAGGCGGGCAGAGGAGCGGCCCCGUUCCUUCAGUAAUUUAUUUUUUACAGUUUCUGGAUUCUCACGA